AUGGUUGCAAUAUACGGUCUUCUCUUCUGCGUUGUGACGAUAACUGCAGAACAUUCUGGAGCAUACUCUUCACCGCAGUAUGCUAAGAAAAUGUACCCGAAGAAGAACUACGAUAGCCUUCUUCUGCCUCGAGAAAAACCUCCAAUACCUUUCAAUAGCCAGGCCUCUGUUGACAGAUUUGAUACAAAUUUGAAUGAUACAAGUGAAUACGCACGAUCUUCGUUUCUAGAUUCUGCAGGCAAUUUACUAAGCAGCGCCGGUGGGCAAGUCAUGUCAAGCCUUGCGAAAGACUUCAUAGCCAGGUCGACUGGAAGCAGCCAGGUUGGUUUUGACUGCAUUACGCAGGUAUUAAGCCUAAACUUGACCAACUUAGUAAUCUUAAUCAUCCUAAAGGCUUUAAUCUUAGCCGCCGGUUUUUUCGGAGCUGGGGCUUGGAAGGGAAAUCACUACGGAAGAAGUAUCGACGAAAACAUGAAUGCUGUCUACUUAACCGAAGACGAAAUUCUGCUGUACCUGAGCUACUUGACUGGGCAGCAGAACAAGGAUUACGGAUGCCUGUAUCGCCUCUCUUGCCAAAAGCCACAUCAAGCUUCCCUUUAUUCUUCUGGUGCAGAACUGAUGCUACAAGGAGCCAAAUUGUGGCAAGGAAAUAAUAUUGAACUUGAAGAAUAUGAAGACAUCUCGAAUGGUAUCAAGCAGGCAGCAAUUUUCGGUGAAGAAGGAAAACCGUGUGAAAAACUAUACAAAUGUGUAUAA